AUGGGCGACAAUUUCGCCAGAAAACUGGAAAUUAAAAUUGAUGGGAUACGAACCUCAAGGCCCUUGACGCGUCCUCUUCUUCGGAUUAGCUUUGGUGGCUUCUAUAUGAAAGAUGGGGGUCUCACCCAAUUACCAGCAGAUUGCACCUUGUGCACCUCUUCCUGUUCCCCAUUACUAUUACCGAUUGAUUCGUCAUUUUCAUCUCAAUUUUCAUCACCACUUGUUUCCCCAUUAUCAUCCCCUUCUUGUAAAGCCCAAUUUUUGUCCCAGCCUACUUCUUUGGUGCAAAGUGUUGACCAGUUUCCAAUAUCUUACUUGUGGUCAUCCAACGAUAAUCCCGAUUCAGAUGAUGGCGAUUCUAUUUCUGUGAGCUCUUUUAGAUCACCGUCUCUGUUCAACUACAUGUCUUCUGUAAUUUUUGGCAGAAAUCAAAAUGCAGAAGAGGUUUCUUUUACGGGGCGUUCUUUUUUCUUUCCCCUUUCUGAGCAUGGAUUACUGUUUGACAGUGUCACUAUUGGGGUGUAUGAAUACUGCAUUAUUGGUGGGUUUCGAUUGGUUGGAACACUCGGAUUGAGCCCCCCAUAUCACGCCGCCUCAAAGGGAUGGAGGGAGUUGGAAUCUCGCUCCGGGACUACCUCGCGGAUUUUGGCUCGAGUUUCCACCAUGAUCAUGAAUGGAACACCUGUCCCUCUACCUUUCACUAUUGAUGAUAAUCUUAACGAUGCCAAUCAAAAUGGCAGUCCUCAACAGCGCCAGAUUUCUCCUACACGGCUGCCGCUUUGGUUGAGGCCUCUCAGGACGCUUCUAGAUGAAGAUACAGUUAAUCUCGGCGUCAGGGUGCUUCUGAAAUUGCUCACUUCGUUUGGACAGGGCUUGGAAACAUACUCGCACUCCACACUGUUGGGUGCUUUGAUCAUCCUUGCACGCUUUGAGACGUGGAAGCGAAAGAACGGGCUGUGCUCCCUUACACCUGUUUGUAAAAAAAUGCAAAACUGCAUUCGAGAUCAGACGGCAAUAGAUUCGGCAAGGCAUGCCUUCAAAUUUGCGAUUGCCUCGUACGGAUGGAAGGGGCUCACACUUCUUGGAAGGCGUAGCUUCCAAAACAUAAUCACCAACCCAAGCUCGGAAAAGAGCGCUAUCUUGAAUUAUUUGGAUUUGAAGGAGUGCGACCUGCUUCAUAUUACACAGUCCAAUGAGCUUUUCCAGCCGCAUUGCGUCAUCUUUUAUGAUGUUAGGUCUUGUGAUGGCCCCUCGAUUGUUGUGGCUCUACGCGGUUCUCUCAGCGCUGCUGACUGGAUAACUAGUUUUGGUGGAGAGUAUAUUCCAUGGAAUGGUGGGUUUCUGCAUUCAGGCGUUGCCAAAGCAGCCCAGUAUGUAAAACAAGAAAUACUUCCCAUGGCGUUUUCAUAUGCUCAAGAGAUGAAUGUACCCAAGAUCUUACUGACUGGUCAUUCUUUGGGCGGUGCAGCCGCACUGCUCACGCUUCUUUUCCAUUUUUUUGAUGAUGAGGAUGAAAAUGAAGAUAACGGUAUUUUGUUGCAGGCAUGUUCUUUUGGUGCGCCGCCAAUUGUCUCCAUAGAGCUUCUCCCGCUAUUUCAAGGUCUUUCGGCUACAUCUUAUAUCUUCGGAGGCGAUGUAGUGCCAAGAAUCUCAUAUGGCUCACUGAUGGACUACAGGGCCCUGAUUGUCCAGGCUACAUCCCAUGUGUCGUUGAAGAACAUUUUGAAUCCGGUAUCCUUAAUGCCUUAUUUUAGAUCAUUGGUUCAACCAUCCGCUCAAGUGAUGAGGACUCUUCCUCUUCCUCGUUGA